AUGUCUAAGGAGGUCCCUGAUGCUCUCAGUAAAUACGUAGUUCCUCGUCCCACCGGCUAUCGACUAGACUCAUGCGAUACCACUGAGGCCCGUUGUCGGUACAUUAAAACGGUCCUACUACCAGUGUUUGGGAAUACCAUCGGUGAACAGGAUAUUGCCGACUCUUGCAUCACAGCAUUGGAAGCUUGGUCGGAGGGCAAGCCGGACAUUACAAAGUCUGCGGAGUCUGCUAUCGUUAUCGCGUUGAAGCGUAUUCUAACAGACAAGAAUUCUCCUUAUUCUCUCUUCAGUCGGGUAGGUUCAUCUUGA